AUGGCUGCCUUCUCCGAGUGGGCGUGUGCUUGCGAGAAGGUGAAAAUAAGCACGGGCAACAACUUCAGCUAUCUUCAUGGAGAUUGUUGUUGCGAUGAUUGUAACAUUCGUCACCGAGUAGCCGCUGACAAAUAUUGCGGUCCAGCAGACAAGAAACAGCAUUGGACGAGCUUCGCUCCGAACGAUACCGUUGAGCUCUAUGGAGCUUAUGGGGGGGCCAUGGAGGUUACCUCUGGCAGAGAGAAUAUUGGUUACUUCAGGUGUGGCAUUGACUCGAAGACUGGCACGUGGAGCAAGAAGCACCCUCAGUUCCCGGACACCUGCCGCACUGUGACCUUAUACGCAAAAUGUUGUGGUGUGUGGAUUGGCUUCCACGGCCCGCCCAACUCUCUGGUUCCAGUGCAUUUCGAGAUGAAUCCCCGUGGCUUGAGCGGCUGGACGCGCAAAGAGGAGGCAGAUGGCUUCCAAUACACGGUGUUCAGCACGAAGUUUGUAGAUACCACUGGUGUCAAGCUCAAUCCGCCGCUCAAGAAGGGGGACGUGGGACGCAUGCCUCCUUUCCGUUGCUGUGGCUGUGGCACCGGCACGAUGUGUGGAUUAAUGCCAUGGCUCUGCUGCAGCAAGAUGGACGCCGCGAAAUGCUGCAUGUGCUGUCCAGCCUCGUGCUGCCCCUGCAUCGCUGGCAAGAUCAAGGAUUCUGCGUUUGAAAGUGCACCGCCUGGCGCAACGGAGCUGAACGGGAAACAGAUUGAAUAUAUCUGUGAUUUGCCUGACGCCGACAAGUACCUCAAGUUUCCCUUGAAGGAGGCAGCCCUGUCUCAGGCUCCCCUUUCCGUCGAAAUGGGCAAAUCUCAACAAUGA